UUUUCGUCUUCUCAAACAUCCUUUGUCUACCAGGGACGGGCGGUGGAUCAAUGGUGGAGCAGGAGCUGUGCCUGUAUGUAUGGACGAUGGCGAGUGAUCAUGGACGAGUAUGGAGCACACUAGUACCAUCGGUGAUCCCUCUCUUUUUGACUUUCGACUCCUCCUUCCCGCCCACUAAAAGCGACAGAGCGCCAAAACCUCCCCGUUACAUCGUACAGCGGGAGAGCCGCAGAGGAAGGAGCGUGUUACGAAGCGCAGACCUGAGCUAAAUAAGGGGAGAUAUUACGUCAUACCCUGAAAGUCUAGGCGGACGGUCGCGUCAUUUGAACCUUCCCUGCUUCUUGCACGGAAGUAAUAAAUAUAAAAGAUAAAUAAAAACAACGCCUCACAAC